AUGAACAAUACAAAUACAAAUAAUAAUAACAGCAACAGUAACAGUAGUAAUAAUAAUAGAAACAAUAAUAUGAAUCGAAAUUACAACAAUAACAAUGGAAAUAACAACUCGCUCGGGAAUAUGGGUGGAAUGAAUAGUAAUAUGAUGAUGGGAGGUGGGAUGAACAGCAGCAACAACAGUAAUAACAAUAAUAAUAGUAGUAACAACAAUAAUAACCCUAGUAUGAUGAUGGGAAGUGGCAUGGGCGGUAAUUAUAAUCCAAAUAUGGGUGGUAAUUCAUAUAUAAAUAAUAAUAACAACAAUUAUAACAAUAAUAAUCAAAAUAAUGGGAACAACAAUAAUAACAGCAGCAAUCAAAAUAUGAAUAUGAAUAGUAAUUAUAAUAUGACCUAUAAUAACAACACCAAUAAUAAUUAUAAUAACAGCUAUAACAGUACCAACAAUAGCAACAUUAAUAAUAAUAUGAAUAAUAAUAUGAACGUACCCAUGAACAACAACAACAACAAUAAUAAUAUGGGAAUGGGUAAUAUGAACAACAACUAUAACAAUAAUCAACAUAGCAAUGGUAAUAGUAAUCAACACAGCAACAACAACAACAAUAAUGGUAAUAAGAAACUUACACUCCCAAAAUCAUUUACUAAUCAUGAUGGCCCAAUUUUAAUUAAAGAUAAUAAUGGUAAGGUAAUUGGAGAAAAAGAAAAAUUAGGUAGAACCUUAUUUGUUCGUAAUGUUGCAUAUAGUUGUUCUGAGUCAGAGAUUGUAAAGAUAUUUUCAAAGAUUGGUGAAAUUAAAAAAACAUUUUCAUUAUUGGAGUCAAGAGGUAUUGCUUUUAUUACAUUUUAUGAUUUGAGAGAUGCCGAGAGAGCAAAAAAUGAAAUUCAAGGUACUACACUCGAUGGUAGAUCUAUUGAUAUUCAUUUUUCAAUUCCAAAAGAAGAGAGUGGUAUUGAAGAUAAUGCAGGUUUUAUUCACGUUAAAAAUCGUAAUCUUCCCCAAAAUGAGUUAAGAACAUUUUUUUCAAGUUAUGGAGAUAUUAAAGAUGUUACAGAAUUUAAUCGUGACCAAGGACUUGUUGAAUUUUAUGAUUUAAGAGCAUGUGAAAAAGCUUUGGCAGAAGCCAAUGGCCAAAAAUUGCUUGACCAAACAUUAGAUUUGGCUUAUUACACACCAAAAGAAAUCCCAGCUAUUAUUGAUGCAUACGAGGGUAGAAAAAAUAAUAUUAAUAAUAAUAAUAAUAAUAAUAAUAAUAACAAUAAUAAUAAUAGCAAUGGUGGUAAUAACAAUAGAAUGAACAAUAAUCGUAAUAAUUAUAAUAAUCGUAAUAACGAUAACGAAGAUAAUAGAAAUAAGAGAAAUAUGAAUAGUAUGGGAAAUAACUAUAAUAAUAACAACAAUUUUAAGAGUGGGCCAAUUAGAAAUGUUUAUCAAAGCGAUCGUAAUCCAGACUAUAGAAGACGUGACGAUUUUAACCGUAAUAAUAAUUAUAACAAUAAUCAAACAAGUAAUUAUAACAAUAAUAGCAACAGUUUUAGCAACAAUCCAAAUUAUUACGAUGGAAAUAGUUUAUAUAGUAACAUGACAAAUAAUUACAGCCAAAACCAAAACAAUAAUAACUACAAUAAUAAUAAUAGUAAUAGUAAUAAUAGUUCAAAUAACAAUAGUAAUUGGGUAAAUAAUAGUAAUAUGGGUGGUUUGGCAAGUAAUAUGAACAAUAGCAACAAUAUAAACAAUAAUAUGAACAGCAAUAUGAACAACAAUAUGAAUAACAAUAUCAACAACAAUAUGAACAGCAAUAUCAACAACAAUAUGAAUAGCAAUAUAAACAUGAAUAACAUGAAUAAUAUGAAUAUUAAUAAUAAUAUGAAUCGUAACAACAACCCAAAUAAUAACUCAAAUAACAACUCUAGUUCAAAUUAUAUUAGUUCAAAUAAUAAUAACAACAUCUCAAAUAUAAACAACAACAUGAAUAAAAAUAAUUCAAAUAACUCAGCAUCAUAUGGAAAUAAUAAUAAUAAUAAUAAUAGUAAUUAUAACCCUAAUUUUUAUAGCUCUAACUCUUCCAAUUUUUUUAACAACCUUCCUAACUACUAUUCAGAAUCUUCAAAUUUUCCAACUCACGACGGUGCCAGCCCAGAAAUCUUAGCCAACAUUUCACAACUUGCCCAAACUCUUGGAAUGGAUGGCUGGAAACAAUAA